AUGUCGGUGAUCGAGCCGUUGAAGACCCUGGAAGAGCUCCUCUCCUUCGACCGACUGCUCCUCUUCGUCGUGGAGCCGUCGAGAGACGUAGGGCGGGGCACCGUCACCCUGAAAUCGGAAGAAGGCGCAAAAGCCAUCAACAAGAUCAAAGGAGCUCAUCUAGUCGCCAAAGUCGCGUCUCAGUUGGCCCGCGUCGCCGCUCGUCAGUGGUUUGACGGCUGGCUGGUCCGCAUUGUAACAGGAUUACAGCGCAGUCCACUUCGUCAUCAGCCUCCUUGCUGCCUUGAACGAAGAAAUGCACCACGCUGUGCCGGUUCCACCGUCGUCUGGCAGGCGAGUGCUCGACCCGGCGGUAAAGUCGAGCCGCAAUCUAAACUCAAUGACAAAAACUUGCGCUUCUUCGAUUCGUGCUACGGAAUCGUCUUGAAUUUCAAAUGGGACGAGGACUUGUUCAGUGAAUCCGCAGAGUCGGCGGGCAAACGCAGGGGUGACGUCUAUGCUGGGAUUGACAUCCUCGCUCGGGGCACGUGCUACGAAAGCCGCUUCGAGAUGCACAAG